CUCUCCCCGACGUUGGUGGGCUGGUGGGUGGGGCGGCCGGGCCGGGCCCCGCGGAGGCGCAACUCGUGAUUGGCCGGCGCGCUUUCCCUGCGGCUCUGGCGAUUGGCGGCUGGCCGGGUGCGCGGCGCUGAUUGGGCGGCAGCCCGCCUUGGUCCCGCCCCGCCGACGGGGUUGACUGGCGGAAGGGGAAGUGGGGGGGCAGGCGGCGGUGGGAAGAUGGCGUACCAGAGCCUCCGGCUGGAGUACCUGCAGAUCCCGCCGGUCAGCCGCGCCUACACCACCGCCUGCGUCCUCACCACCGCCGCCGUGUUGGAAUUGAUCACACCUUUUCAGUUGUACUUCAAUCCUGAAUUAAUCUUUAAACACUUUCAAAUAUGGAGGCUAAUCACCAAUUUCUUAUUUUUUGGUCCAGUGGGAUUCAAUUUUUUAUUUAACAUGAUUUUUCUAUACCGCUACUGUCGAAUGCUAGAAGAAGGCUCUUUCCGAGGUCGGACAGCAGACUUUGUAUUUAUGUUCCUUUUUGGUGGAUUCUUAAUGACCCUUUUUGGUUUGUUUGUGAGCUUAGUUUUCCUGGGCCAGGCCUUUACGAUCAUGCUCGUCUACGUGUGGAGCCGAAGGAACCCAUAUGUGCGCAUGAACUUCUUCGGCCUUCUCAACUUCCAGGCCCCCUUUCUGCCCUGGGUGCUCAUGGGCUUCUCCUUGUUGCUGGGGAACUCGAUCAUUGUGGACCUCCUGGGCAUUGCAGUUGGACACAUAUAUUUUUUCUUGGAAGACGUAUUUCCCAAUCAGCCUGGUGGCAUCAGAAUUCUGAAAACACCGUCUAUUUUGUGAGUAUUGGACAUCAGGUUGCACGUUCCUUGCAGGUAACGCGGGCCAGGGUCCGUGAUCUGUGUUUCCACGGGGCUCCCAUAGCUCCUGGCGCUCGUCGUUCGGGUCAGUCAGUAUUCGCAGAUUGAGCCACGGGCUGCAGUGGAUGAGCAUCUGGAUUGGGUCGGAGCGGACGGUGCCAGAGUCCUGCAGGAGCGAGCUCCACGAGCUCGGGGUGUGCUGAGGGUGACGUGGCAGGCUGCCUGCUGAGCGCCAGCCCCUCGUGUCCCCGGGCGGAGCCUGCGGGGUCCCGGAGAGCCGCUGUCUGAGCUUACAGAGGCGAGGCGGCGCAAUGGGUGAAACUGACCACAAGGACGUUUCUAGUGGUGGGAUUUCUGGCCUUCCAGAAAAUAAGAGAAGGAGAGCUAAGCCGUGAGGCAGACUGGGAACCAGGUGUAGGCUGAUCCGCUGUGUGACAUUAAGAAAGUCCGUCUCCAUCUUGCCCCUCGCUUUCCUGAGAGUGGAGCUUUGGUUUAUGGGACCUCUUCCUACUCCAGAAGGUUGUGUCCUUGAGACCUGCUGCAUUUAGAAGGAGUAAAAUGUGAGUGUUUAUUAUAAAAUGUUGGUUGUCAAAUAGUUAGGCAAAGCAGAGAGUACAACUCUCCAUAAUCCUCCCACUUAGCGGGAACAGUGGCUGUUAUUGUUGACCUUUUGAUACAUAUUCUUCCGUCUUUUGCUGUGUGGGUGCUAAAUUUCUAAAAACUCUCAUAAGCUCCUUUUCGAUGUCAUAUGUGGUAAUCGUUUUUCCGUCACAAAUGUCCUACGGAACCACACCAGCACCGUGGACUCCUCCCUUUUACCGAUAGAUGCCGAAUCAGUGCGGCUUUCCUUGGGUGGCACACGUCCGUGACUGUUUGCGACGGCUGCACUCCUGGAAGUGGGAUUGCUCUGUUGUUUAUUCACGAGUCGCCACCCAGAAUGGAAGCUCAGGUUGACGUUUCUGCCAGCCAUGUAGAGCGUACCUUUCCCCACAGCCUUGUCCGACACGGGAGGAUGGUUUACUUUUUCCUGGGGGGAGAGCUGUAAGAUGCCAUCUCGUUUUAUGGGUUUGUUUGUUUACGAUUUUAUGAUUUUUUUUUUUUUUGAGAUUUUAUUUGACAGAG